UGGUUCCCGCGGCGCGUCAGGAAUGAGGUAAGCUGACGAACUACUAGUGGGAUGACUUGGGCGAAUCUGGUAGGGCGCUGGGCUUUUGCGCGCAGGGCUUUCGAAUGUAAUUGCUUGUUUCAGAGGUUAGGAAAGAAAAUUAAUAGACCCAGUUUAUGCCGCUUUUUUGACAGCCGAUACUAAGUGGAUCGAUGUGGAAUAGGUAAUCAGCUUGAAUUUUUAACGAACUUGUAUUCAGAGGCGUUGGCAAAUUAGCGUCACGGUAUAUAACGUGCGUGUAUACCGGCUUUUUACCGAUUGCGAAAGUUUAUAUUUAUGCGCACGAGUUUUGUGCACGAAUAGAGAAAAAAAUUCGCCGCUACUCGAUCAUGUAAAAUGCAAUUAUAGCGCCGCAUUCGAGUGAAAUAACUACAAGAUAUACAUUUCAUAUUCCAGAUAACGUGUCUAAAAAUUUCAGCCUAAUUAACAUAUUAUAAAACCAAGCGCAAAAUGUAUAGGUUGCGGCCAAAGUCGCAAUAUAAUUUAUAAUAUCCGUGACGGUUAAAGACACUCGCGAUCUGUGACGGUCACCCAAAUAAUACGCGCCAGAAAUGUGUGCGGAAAAGAGAGAAAGGCGUAUAAGUUUUUUUUUACAAUGGUACAUUCGCUGUACGCGUGACCCGCCUCGAACAUCUCGAGAGAGAGAGAGAGACGCUAAAAAUGCUGACCGUGUAUAUUGCGAGACACUACUGCGUGUGUACGAAAGAGGAAAAUCGUAUAUGGAAAGAAAAAUAUCCGAUUUUCGCGUUUAUUAUUUAUUAGGAUUGUUAUUAUCUAUGAAAUGAUUUAUACGCGCUGAUGGUAUCGAGUUUGUGAUUUAUAUUUGUAAGAAAAUCGUUAUUAAUAAUAAUAAUACAACAGUAAUCCGAUAUCGCGUGUACAUGUACGAUAAGAUACAUAAAACCGUUACUUGAACUCAUCAAUUUCGAUAAAUUCAACAAAAGUCGCAAAACGAUAAAUUUUCAUCGACUUUGAGAACAAACAAAAAUGCAUAAACAAUUGAUUUCUUCCGCUCGGGAGAAAAAAAAAUCCAAUGUCGUUCUCGCGUCGAUUGUCGAGCUAUCAAGUUUUAUUGAGAUAAAAUAGCGUAUACACUAACUCGCGUGCGUUGUAAGCGUCUACAAAGAAAAUCUCGCUCGAAAUAUGCAAAGCCUCGCAGAUUUUCACUGCGCCGCGAGAAAAAUUUCAUUGGGGCAUAAAAUCAAAGUCACGUGUAACGAAACGCGUUUAAAAUCCCGCCUCUUCGCGUUUUAUCACUUAUAUUCUGCUCGUCUUUUAAUUGGCGCGAAAGGAAAAAUAAAAUAUUGCUCGUGCUUUUUUUUCUUCCAUCGAUUAGGCACAGAAGGCGUUGUCCUGUAUUGAAAAUUCAUCGCGAUGCAAAUGAUUUCUCGCGGUCGUAAAUUCGAUUAUUUAAUUGUUAUAUUAAACGCGCGUUAAAUUAUUCUCGCGAUGCGUCGCGAUGUAGGCCGUUUGUGCGAAGGCAUUAGAGUAUAUAGCGACGAAGGACGCGAUUUUAUAUCGAUAUUAUCGAGGAUUAUUGUAUACUUAUGCGAAAAUUUGCAUAUAGUUUACUUUGCUUUUAUUCUUCUCGAUGUGUCGUACUCGAUUUGCAUAUUUUUUUUCGCGCACGAUGAUUGUUCAACCUGAUUGGAAUUUUUUUUUUUUUUAAUGAGAUGUGGCAUCGUUGUAUGAAACGGUGUUGCGAUAUUGCUUUAAGUUGCAAAAAAAAAAGAAAUAUCGUAAAUCGUUCGCAUUGUUGUACAAUCGUGUACUUUUACUCUGUAUGAAGUCAUAUUUAUUAUCUGUGUGCAAAUUCAUAAAAAAAAUGUAUAGAUCGUGUCGAUCGUAAUUAAUUAAAAAAAUGUACUUGCUGCGCAUAUAAAUUUUGUGACAAUUAAAAAAAAAAUUAAUUGAUAUACUCAUUAAUCAAAUGCAUAACUGCAUUCCUAAUACCUCUCUAUGCAAAAAUACAGCGCCCGAUUUUCCAAAACCGUCAAUGCGGGCAUAGAACCAGUUCUGCAGUGUCUCCCUCCGGAAAAGCCUGCCUCGACCGAAAAGUAUACAAUUCGAAAUUGCGCGCAAUGCUGCACCUGCCCGCGCAUGCGCACUCGACCCCGUUCUUCCCAUGCUGCGCGCGCACGUCCUUCUCUCACUGCGCCAUUUUCUUUCUCGUCGAUUAGUCGGAAUCUUUCUCUCGUCGCAGUGCACACGCACGUUCGUCGUAUCGAACGAAUAUAAGUACUAGAUUUCCCCAUUAUUACAAUCUUUGUGGAACAAAGAUGUCGGAUUAUCGCGUAUAACAGCAACGUCGUCCUGUGUGUGCGUCUUUUUUUUCUCGAUACGCGUAGCUUAUUUGAUUUUUCGUUGAGUUCUCUCUCUCUCUCUCUCGACGAGGAGAGAGAUCGAGUAGAAGAAGAAGAAGAAGAGGAGGAGGAGGAAAAGGAGUGUAUAGUGUUACGAUCCCGAGGCGCUAAAUUUGGCUUUUAGGUAUGUCGGACGGUAGCAGCGAGGCCUUGGCAGCGACGCAGAAGCAGCAGCAGCAGCAGUUCCAACAGCAGCAGCAGGCUUCCAUGGCGAACAUGGCCUGGCAGUACGGCCAGAACAACAUGCAUCUCUACUCCCAUUAUGCUGGACAAAUGUACGGGCAGAAUUAUGCUCAACAAAGCCAAAUGUACUAUCAACAUUACGGCAUGAUGGGAGGAUACCCAUACAACCACAACCAGCUUUCAUCGCAGAGUCCACAGCAGCAGCAACAGAUGGUUCAGCAGCAAUUGCAAACUCAGACACAACAGAAUCAAUCGCAGGGUCAGCAGCAGCAGCAACAACAAACACAGCAGUCGCAGCAGAACAGUUCAUCCGGGAAGCAGCAGGCGGAGCAGCCUCCUAUUCCACCCACUCCAAUGACUUUUGACGAUGACUCGGACCUUCCACCUCUUCCCCCGGGCCCCCCACCUCCACCUACCCCAGUGCAAAACCAACUGCACAAAAGUCAGCAGUCUCCUCUCACUCAGCAACAGUCACCGCUAGCCCAGCAGAUGCCAAUCGUUCAGCAGUUUGACUACGCACAUGGUGCUUUCCCCUACGGUAAUUGGAACAGCAUAUCACAAUCUGAAUCCUCCCAUUUCAGUGGAAUCCGUUUCAACUUGCCCAAUAAAAAGACCGGGCUAGGUUUCAACAACACCCCGCCUUCGGGGAACAGUGGUGCAGCCAAGAAGAAGCGUAAGAGGAACAAACAAAAUCUCGCCGCUCAAUACAAUAACUUUCAGACACCACCCCCCUCGAUCAACAUGUCAAUACCCCCACCCAACAUGUACGGAGCCAACACUCCGAACAACAAACAGCAGCAGCACGAGCUGCCUCCGUUGCCACCACCUAUGCAGGUCGAAAAACCACCGACUCCGCCGCCGAUCGACGAGAUCAACAUACCUCCAGAGCAGCCGCCGCUGCCGAAGAUGCCACCGAUCAAUACCUCGCAGCCGCCGCCGCCGCUUCCCCCCUCGCGCAUCGCGGCCCCGGCUGCCCAGCCGGCGACGCCAUCCCUUUCUACCCCUAGCGGCGGCGGUAGCAAGUCGUCCCCCAAAUCCUCCGCGGCUCCCAGUCCCGUCGGUGACUGGCCCGACAGUCUCAAGGACUAUGUGAACCGUUGCUACGAGAAGUGCAAGACCGCCGUGGACAAGGAUCAGGUUGAGAUUAUUCUCAAGGGCAAGAUUACUCGCUCCGCCAACGACGGCUCGCUCUGGGUUAAAGACUGGGACCGCGAGCCCCUGCCUAGCAUCCACAGCGAGCGUAUGACCAUGACCGUCAAGCCCCUUACGAUCACCGUUAGUCCUGGCGGUCUUCGCAAGUCUGGUCUCUCGAUGACUCUCGGAGCCAGGCUUGGCGCCCGGUCAGCUAAUUCGCCUCUCAACCAGAAUAACAGCAACGCCAGUCCCGGUGGCAAUCAGAGCAACGCGUCCAUGGCGCACAGACGCCCUAGCAAGUCCAAGAGCAGAUCGAGAUCGCGCUCGCACUCGCCGGCGCCGCGCAAGUACCGACGCAGCACCUCGUCCUCUUCGUCCAGCGAACGGGACUACAAGAUCCCAAUGACGAGCGUGCCACCACCGUCGGCUCAAAAGAACAAAAAGGCCGGCAGAGGCGGUGCCAACGUCAACCAGAACAACGCCAAACAGAACAAGAAGAAUAAGAACAAGAACAAACUCAACAACAAGGCCAAUUGCCACUUCUACUCGGAAUUCGGCUUGGCCGGCGGCAAUGUGGAGGAAUUUGGAACCAAGGAGAAGCUACAGCAGCGGGCAGCCAGAUUCAGCGACAUGUUCAGUAAAGGUCCGCAGGUUAGCAGUCUGAUCAAGGACGACCCCACCGCGGAGUUUGACUUUACAGGGCUGCACAUCGUGGGAACUUGCAGGGACCUCGAGAAGCCCUAUCUGCGUCUCACCUCGGCACCAGCGGCGUCGGCAGUGCGACCGGUCAGUGUUUUGCGCAAGUCUCUGGAUCACGUGAAAAAACGCUGGGCCACCCAGCAAGACUAUCGUUAUGCGUGCGAUCAGUUAAAGUCGAUACGUCAGGAUUUGACAGUGCAGGGUAUCAGGGAUUCGUUUACCGUUCACGUGUACGAGACACACGCACGCGUCGCCCUGGAGCGCGGUGAUCAUGAGGAGUUCAAUCAGUGCCAAACGCAACUUAGAAUGUUGUACACGGAGAUCGGCGGUGAUAAUCGCUGCGAGUUUGUCGCUUAUCGUAUACUGUAUUACAUCUUCACGAAGAAUACGUUAGAUUUGACGACAAUACUCGCAGCGCUUUCGGAAAAAGACAAAAAAGAUGAGUGCAUUGAUCACGCGUUAAAGGUCCGAUCGGCAUGGUGGUUAGGCAAUUUCCAUUGUUUCUUUAAACUUUACAAAAAAGCGCCGAGAAUGGCAGCGUUCCUUAUGGACUGGUUCAUAGCCAGGGAGAGGAAGCUUGCCCUCAAACAAAUGAUCAAAGUGUACGUAUUAUUACUUUUAUUAUUUGUAUGUUUGCUGUACUUCUUGCUUAUACGGCGAUAUUUUUUUACCUAUUUUUUUGCGCUACAACAUUUAUUUGCUUCCAAAAGCGAUUACAAACCCUUUGAAACUCUGCUUGAUUUUCCAAGCUUCGUAAUCUUUAUUUUUAUUUAUGUUUAUGCUCUGAUUGAUUUUCAAAUUUGUAAUCGCAUUUAAAUUUUAUUUAUUAAUUUUUUUAUUUGGCGAAAUUGUGCUAACUAUAGUCGAUUACAAAGGCAGUAUAUAAAUACUCUCAAUGGUUACAUAAAGAAGAUGUCUGAACGAAAGUAAUGGACAUUUUACUCGACAUAUUGUGGCUGUAGAAUUUGUAUCUGAGAACGCAUAAUUACAGCCAGACGUCGAGCAUAUUUAUGACAUUUGCACUUUAUUGCAAUUUUCAAGGAUGUUGUUGUGCUUUAAUCAGCAUGCUAAACUUCCUAAAUUCAGCUGAAACAGCUGCAAAUAUCGUUCUCCGACUUAAAAUUGUCUCUGUAUCUCAAGGUUAAAAUCGCAAUUUAUCUUUGCUGUUUACCAGAGACAGUCAUAUAUAGAGUGUGGAAGCGUUAUAGACAUUUUCAUCAUGCCAUACAUAAAUUUAUACUAUUCAUUUUUCUGUUCAUAUAACUUACUUCACUACUCUUAGAUACAAAGACGUGCCAAUUUACUGCCUGCUGUAGUCGCAUAUAUCGUUUUGCACAUAACAAACAUUUUCCUUAGCAGUGUAACUUGUAUGCAACUCAAAGUUUCGGUGAUGCUUCUUGAGCGAGCCAAUCAAUGGAAUGAGAGUGUGGAGUGUCUCCUGGGCCGCUUGUGGGGGGGGGGGGGGGCACAGGACUUAAUGCAAUAAGUUUUCUGUUUCAGGAUUUCAACGAAUUCCUUCCAAAAUACCAAAAAAAAAAAAAUUAGAUUUAAACAAUAUUUACAUAUAAUACCAUAAUAAUACGAUUAUAAACAAACAUCAUCGACUGAUCAUCGAUCGAAGACAACUAAUAUUUUAAUUUGUUCUACUGUUUAGCUAUCGACAAAAUUUGGCGGUUGAUUUCAUCGUUGCGGAAUUGGCCUUUGAAUCUUCAGAGAAGUUUUAUGAAUUUGUCGCUGAGUUCGGAUUGGUUUACACCGAUCCCGGACGAAAGCAACUCGACUGCAAGACGAGCAGUGCUUCUGUAGGUGCUUGGUAGACAUAAAUUCAAUGGCAGAGAAAGAGCAACAGCCUGGCAUUCACACCAAAAAAUUAAAUUGGCAUUCUUCCUCGUGCAUUCCAACCGAAAUCAUGUCCCAGUCUUUCGGACGAUUUCGAGCGGAAAAUCUAAAAAUCAAACGUGCAUGAGCUGCACUUUCGACGACUCUAUAGAUCGUCGCUCGGACGUUAAAUCCCAAUUUCUCCUCGUGGCUCUUUGCAUAGCGGGACAAGACAGCCGCGAGACGACGGCGAGGAAGUUUCUAGUGGAAUUCACUCGAGACAAAGAAGCUCCAAGAACGAUCGGAGAGAGGAGAGAGUGAUAGACAAAACAGAUAGAGCUGAUAUAACACUCGAUCAUUUUCGAAUCAGAUAUUUGGAAGAGGACCAAUGGGCUCUCGAUGUAUAAACUGUAUAUACAUGAUCGAUAUUAUGUAUGUUCAAACAAAGCAGACCGUGUGUGUGCUUUUCCAAAUAUUCGAUUCCGUGGAGUUUAAAGAUGACACAUUUGUACAAAGUUCAUUUACGUGUAAGAUAUAUUUCUUCGCUUCGGAAUUAUUUUCUAAUCUCCGGAGAGAAUUAGACGGUUGAUUUAUGUAUACAUACAUACACAUCCUUCAUUCCCGGCGCACCACCAGGCGCCGCAACGUAGUUUUUCUUCUUUUGUACAGUCUUAUUAAGAAACUGCUGUAUCUUUCAGCAUUGUAAAUAUAUAUUACCUGCGCAUCAGGCGGCGUCGAUUCAUUCGACAAUCGUCUGCUCGAUGCAUCAAAUUGUACAGGCGCAGUGUGCGAAUAUGUACAUUUUCCCGGCUGGGAUUUUCUUCGUUUAGUUUUUUCGGCGAUAUUUUGCUUUUUAUACCGGCGUUACACGUGCAUUAAAGCGUGGAGUCCGGAGACGCUUUGUUUCUUCUGCUUCUACUCGCUUAGAGUUAUCUCAUCCAUCUCGCCUUGAUGAUUCGAUCAUAGAAAAUUGUUGGCUAGUGAUCAAAGAUACUUCGAAGCUUUCGGGCUUGACUCUUAACAGCUAGCAUUUGAAUCGAAUUUUCCCUACACAUAGUACUUGCGCGAAGACAACGUAAUUUUUAAAGGUUUUAAGAAGAUUAAGACCAUAGCAAUCACCAACAUUUAUGCAUAGAACUUAAGAGCUUUUGCAUCGGCUGAGCCGUACUUUCUUUCAUCAGCUUUCCUGCCUACCAAAAAGUACGUAUCUGCAUGCAGGAGACGAAAUGGAUGAAUUGCUUAGAUUUAUAUGAUUGGUCAACAAGAAGGACUGCGAGUCAGCUGUAGCGGUACAAAAACAUCACGGAAGAUCGGAAAAAGACGAUAUGGAUAUACUCAUCGAGAAGCAUCAGAUGAUAUCGUUCAUCUUGAUUAUUUGGAUAUUAUCAGCACAGCAUCACUUUGAACGUAAUGUUAAUAACAUCAUUAACCAUUCGUUUGUUAAUAUAUUUACAUAAUUAUUGUUAUUUAUAUAUAUAUAUCUAUCAUAUAUAAAUUAAUAAGUGCGAGGAUGAUGAUGGGAGAACGUUUCUUGAAAGAGUGGGAGAGAGAGUAGCGUGAUUAUAAAAGCAUAUAUAAAUAAAAAUUUUCAUUGAGAAUAUGCAUCGCAGAUCAUAUGUGUUAAAUUUAAUCAGCAAAAAUUAAUGAAAAUUUUAAAGCAAAAAUUGUCAAGAUCCUUUUGAAUUACCAGCCAGCUCGACAUGUAUGAUACACACAAGAAGGAUAUCUCAGCAUAUACAUGAAUAAAUUAUUUGCUAUUUUCAAAAUUA